AUGACACUCACUACUACCACCGUCUCCUCCACCAAAGGUCUCUUUGGGUCUGAUCUCAUCUCACCGCAAGUUGCUGCCUCCCUCCCAGAAGGCUACACCAUCCGUGCCCUUGAAAAAGGCGACUACGGAAGGGGCUUCCUUGACUGUUUGCGUGUCCUUACAACCGUCGGCGAUAUCACAGAAGAGCAAUGGAGCGACCGGUAUGAUUGGAUGAAUACACAAGGCAAAGGGGGUUAUUUCCUCUUGGUGAUUACCAAUGAGGUUGGGAGGGUCGUCGGGACCGGGGCGUUGAUCGUGGAGCGGAAGUUUAUUCACAACCUUGGCUCGGUAGGACACAUCGAAGACAUAGCUGUAGCGAAGGAUCAGCAAGGGAAGAAGUUGGGACUCAAAAUCAUCCAAGCGCUGGAUUUCAUCGCGGAGAAAACUGGCUGCUACAAAAGUAUCUUGGACUGCUCGGAGGCGAACGAGGGCUUUUACGUGAAAUGCGGCUUCAAAAGGGCCGGCUUAGAGAUGGCACAUUAUUACGAGGCCCAGAAGUGA